AUGGACCAACCGUCAAAACAGCGGCUCUUCUUCCCUUCCAAAAAGUCCACCGCCAAAGCCCAAGAGAACCACCAUCUCCACACCUUCUUCUCCAUCACGCUCGAGCUCAAGAACGCCCGAAAGGCCAGCAACAUCUGCACGCCCAUCGUCGUCGCCGCCGCCAACGGUUCCAUCAAGUACAGCAUCCGGACGAACGCAUUUUGCUCCAUCGAGGACCCGAUUGCGCUGUACGGUGGUGUGGGAGGGAGGGAGGGGGAGCGGGAUGCAUUUCGCGACGUUCGAGAAGGUUGA